AUGGAUAGCAACGGAUUAAAUCAAAUUAUAAAUGCUUUAAAAACCGUCUAUGAUAACAAAUCUAAUAACAAUCAAAGACGAGAGGCACAAAAUUUUUUGGAAACAGUAAAGUCAAAUGAUGAAAGUCCUUAUUGGGGUUAUCAAUUAAGUUUAUAUGAUAACAACAAAGAUAAUUAUAUUGUCAGACAUUUUGGCUUAUCACUUUUACAAAAUUCAAUUAAUAAGAAAUUUCAUACUUUUGAUAGUUCAAAAACUUUAACUAUUAGAAAUUGGAUUAUCGAAUUAGCCAACAAAAUAGAUGAAAACGAUCCUCAUUAUAUAAAAGAGAAACUUUCCUUCUUAUGGGUAUCAAUAGCCAAAAAAGUAUGGGGAUGUUAUUUAGUUAAGAUUUUAACAUCAGCUAAAAAUUCUCAAUCUUCAACAACGAAUAAUAAUAGUAAUAAUGGAGAAAAUAAAGUAACAGAGCAAGAUAUGUUAGAUGGUUGGGUUUCAAUGGAUCAAGAUUUAUGGAAUUUAUGGAAUAAUAACUUAACUACAAGAGAAUUGUGUCUUAUCAUAAUAAGAACAUUAUUUGAAGAUAUAUAUAUCUUAGAUGAUCCUGUAGCUAUGAAAAGAACAGCCAUUUUAAAUCAAUUAUGUGUUUUGGUUAUUACACCCAAUGAUAUUUUAAAUAAAAUUUAUGAUACCAAUGAAAAUGUGAUCAUUUGUAAAUAUAUUUCUGAAGGUUGGUUCAAACAUUGGUCAACAUUUUUGAUUGAAAUUUUAUCUUCAAAUAAUUAUGAAUCAAAGAAUUGUCAAGUAUUUGUUCCAAAGAUCUUAUCGACUUUCAAAACCUGUUUACAUUGGAUUCAGCCGGAAAUUUUAAAGAAUGAAAAUAUUUUACAAAAUUUAAUAAGCAUUUUGAGUAUUCCUGAUAUCAAAUUGAAAACUUUAGCUAUAGAUUGUUUACAUAUUUUAUUCACCAGGAAUUAUUCUGAUAGUGAUGAUUUUGAAUUCUUUAUCGGUUCAAUCUUUACCAAUGAUGGUAUCAAUAAAUUGAAAGAAUUUUAUGAAAGUCUCGUUAUAGAUAUAAACGAUUUUGAUGAACAAUUAUAUUCAUUAUUGAAAAAGACUGUGGAAUUGAUUGUUUCUUUAAGUGAAUAUUUAAACAUUUCCCUACCUUUCAAGAAUAAAAUCGAUUGGGAUAAAUCAGAUAUAAAUAAUUACCUUAAAUUGGUUUUGUCAACAACCAAUCAUCCAAGUUUAAUAAUUUCAGGCUUAUCUUUACAGAUGUGGGUAACGAUCUUGAGAUUCGAUGAAUUAUCAUCUAAAUUAAACAUUGAUAAUAUCUUAAUGGAUCUUUUAGAAAUAACUGCUAAUAGAACCAUUAAUUAUAGUUUAAUAACUGACGAAGAAGAUAUUUCCAAACAAUAUUUAGAAAUCGAUUUCGAUUCAUCUUCAGAUUCAACCUCAUUUUUAACCAAUUAUAAAAAAUUUAAUGAAGAUAUUGUACGUAUAGCUGUUUGUAAGAAACCUGAAGAUGGAUUAAUGUGGUUAGAGAAUAGAUUACAAAAUUUCUUCAGUAGUGAAAUCGGUAGAAAUUGUAUUUCCAAAUACAGUUUAGAUGAAAAAUCUCCAGAAUUCAAUUUUGGUAAUUCUCAAUUCAAUAUAAUUGAAAAUUGUAUUAGAGGUAUAUCUCGUUGGAGAAUUUGGUAUAAUGGUGAAGAUUUCGAUUCAAUCAAUAAUAGAUUAAAUAGUUUAGUGGAAAAUUUGGGUGAAAGAUUGUUAGCAAUGAAUUUGGCUUGUCCAUUAUUAAUUAGAAAGCAAGUACAAACUAUGGUUCAAUUUGCUCCCUUAUUGAAAGAUGUUAGUCCUUUGAUGUUUCAAGUUUUGGAAAAGAUCUUAAUAACUGCCACUUUCGAAUAUCCUGAAAAUAUCAAUGAUGAAGAAAAGGAAUUAAUUAGAGAUUUGAGAACUAGUUGUGGUACAGAAUUAAAUAGAUUAGCUUACAUAAUGCCUGAAUCUUUGAAGAAGAUCUUUAAUGAUCUUGAAAAUGUGAUUUCAAAUAUUUUAUCAUCUAAAAAAGUUAGUGAUCAUGAAGUUGUGGCAUUCAAAUCAUUUUUAUUGGUAAUUGCUUCAAGAUCUUCAAUUGAUAAUAAAGAUGAAUUAUUUGCUAAAAUAGUUGAUCCUGAAUUAUUGGCAUGGUCUUCACCCGAAACUGAAAAGGGAUUAACUGAACUUCAUUGGUUCAUGGAAAGAAUUGGAAUUGUUGAAAUUGCUAAAUAUUUCCAAAAAAGAGGUAUUACUGCUGAAACUGAUCUUUUACAAGCUCAAAUGGAUGAUGAAGGUAAAAAUCUUAAGAAUAAAUUAAAAGAUCAUUGGUCUUCAAUAUUCCCUAUCAGAGCUACCAGGAUAUUUAUUCAAUAUAGUAUUGAAAAAUUAAGUCAUGAUUCACCAGAAUACUUGAAUUUAUUGAAAUUAUGGAAAUUAAGAGUUCAACCUAUUAUUCCUCAUGUAUUACAAUUAUUAACUCAAAUUCAAAAUUACCAUAAUCCUAAUAAUUGGAAAGAUUUACCUAUUGAAGUUCAAUCAUUUGUAAAAUAUAGUACAUUAGAAAGAUUUUGGCAACAAGGAGUCUCAAUUCAAAGUAAAGAAACAUUUAUUGAAGAGAAUGUUAAAGCAGCUUUAACAUUGAGAGAUUUUGCUGAUUCGGUUGGUCAUUUAAUAAGAUAUACUAGAGAGUAUGCAUUUUUAACUGUUGGAUCAUUAUCACAAUUAGAAGAUACUUUAUAUGAAGUACCAAAUAUUGGAUCAAUGAUUUGGAAUGCAGUUACCGGAGAAAUGAUAGGUAUAACAUUACAUAGUUGGAAACAUAUGAUUAAUAGUUGUCUUAGAAGUGUGGUUAGAAAUUGUCCUGUGAAAUAUGUCAAUAGUUUUAUGACCGAAUUAUUACCUAAAUCAUUUAUUGAUUUGGAUAGAGUAUUAGUGAACAAAUGGGAAAAAAUUGAUAAUAACGGUUUACAAUUACAAGGUAAUGAAGAUGAUGAAACUUUAAGUGAAGAAAUGAUGGAAGAACAUAUGUUAAGACAAUUAACAGCAACAGUUGUUCGAUACUUGAUGGAUAUUUUAUCCCAAUUUAAUUCUAAAACUACCAAUGAAACUCAAAUUGCUUGUAAAAAAUUAAUUAUUGCCAAUAAAGAAAUCUUAGCACCAUUUUUGAAUUUAUGUUGUCACAUUAUAAGUUUUAAAGAUACUAAAUGUUCAUUUAAUACUAUAUUAGUAUUAAGAAAUAUUUUAAAUGAUAUUUUAUUAAUGGAUGAAGAAGUUGACAAAUUCUUAUGUGACAACUUAGUUCCUUCAUUAUUACGAGUAUUAUGUGAUGAUUAUUUUGUUGAAACUCAUUCUGAAGCUGCUAUAUGUUUAACAACAUUAUAUUGUACAUUAAGAUCAAAAAAUGAUUAUCCAGCAAGAAUUCUUAUGACCAAUUUAUCAAAUAUUAAUUCUUCACAUAUUUCUAAUUUUGAAAAUUUACUUGUUAAUUCUAAAUCAUUAAAACAUCAAAGACUGGCAUUAUUAGAGUUAAUUAAAAUAUCUAAGAAUAAAGAUGAUGAAAAUGAUUUAGAUGAAAUGAAAGAGAGGAAAAAGCAAUUAGAAGCUGCUGCUUUGGCAAGAACCAAAAAAUCCUCAACCAAUGAUUUGAUGAAUGAUCCUUUCACUGAAAAUGGUCCUUUAAAUAAUUUAUUUGGUGAAGAUUAA